AAUAUGUUUUUUCUAUUUCCUAUAAUUUAUUGGAUUUAUUCAAAUGCAUUUAUUUUGUUAAUAUCUUUAUUCACAUAUUUUGUGUCAAAACAAAUAUAUAAUGAAUAUGAAAUGCGUAAAAAGUUACCCCCGGGUCCUCUUGGGCUACCAUUUGUCGGUUAUUUACCCUUUCUUAAGAGCGAGCCCUCUAAAGUGUUCGUACAAUUGGCCAAAAAAUAUGGACCAGUUUUUGGCAUUCAAUUGGGUUCGUGUCCAGUAGUCGUAUUGAAUGACUGGCCGUCAAUAAAAGAGGCCUUUUCUGAUGAAUCGGCGUUAGCCCGACCUAAGGAUAAUUUAUUUACCGCUUUACUUCCACCGGGCUUCGGAACAAUGAGUGGUGACGUAUGGAAAGAGCAGCGAAGGUUCGCUUUGCAUCAGUUAAGAAACCUGGGCUUCGGUAAGACAUCGAUGGAGGACCACAUCAUUGAUGAGAUCAAUCACUUGUCCAAAGAGAUCGACAAAAGCAUUGGACAGGCGUUUGAUUUGCGGACACUUUUGCCAAUUAGUGUCUCAAACAAUAUAAAUUCGCUAACAUUUGGCCGCCGUUUCGAUUAUACGGACCCCAGAAAGCAAAUGAUGGACGAGUUCUUUAAGCCCGACCCGAGCGUCAAUUUGGCGGGCAUUUUGUCAUUUUUCCCCAAAUUGGGUGGUUUUGUGUUCAGAAAUUUGACAUUUCUAUUGCCAUCCACUCUAAGAAAUGUUAGAGUAAGACUCGAAGAGAUCCGCACAAUGAUGAAAACUGAACACGACAAUCACGCGCAAACACUUGAUAAAAAUAAUAACCGUGAUUAUUUUGAUGCGUUUAUUAAUGAAAUGCAAAAGUCAUCGAAUGGAGAGAAAACUACUUUUAAUUAUGACAUGUUAGAAGGAAAUACCUUACUGCUAUUUGGUGCCGGUUCUGGUACAGUGUUAACUACCCUGGAGUGGUCACUAGUGAUUUUGGCCGCUUAUCCACAAAUACAACAACACAUCCAGAAAGAGAUCGAUGAAGUGAUUGGCAAAGAGAGGAGUCCUAACUUUGCCGACAGAAACCAAAUGCCAUAUUUGCAGGCAUUCAUGUAUGAAGUUUGGAGGUUUAGGACGCUUACGCCAAUUAAUCUACCACGAUAUGCGUCUAAAGAUAUGGUAAUCUCAGGAUUCAAAAUACCAAAAGACACUCAAAUAAUGGCCAACUUUUGGGCCAUUGAUAACGACCCAAACCUAUGGGAAAAUCCAUCGCAAUUCAGACCCGAAAGACUUCUCAGCAACGAUCUCAAGACAUUCAAAAAACCGGAGCAUUUGAUCCCAUUUUCAUACGGGAAGAGGUCGUGUCCGGGAGAGAUCUUAGGAGUGGUCGAAACGUUUCUAUAUCUGAGUUCUUUGCUUCAGAAAUACGAUAUCAAUGCCAACCAUAAAACCGAUACAAGUCUUGAAUACGAGUUCCAGUUCUCAAUCACUCCUAAACAAAGUCCCAACAUUUCAUUCGCUAAACGAGUGCACAAUUAG